GUGCUGGAACCUCUGACGCCGGACUCCCUGCUCACGUGUGACAUCCGGCGUCAGCUUCUGGUGCUGUGAAGAUGAUCAACCCUCAGAUAUACCUUCACUACAACUACACGGGAAAGCUGGACCACCGGCCCACCGUCGGCUCAAGCGGCGGCGCUGUGGACACCAAAACCAUUGUGUUCCUCAUCAUAUGCAGCUUCAUUGUUCUUGAGAACCUCACCGUGCUCGUCGCCAUAUGGAGAAACCACCGCUUCCACAACCGCAUGUACUUCUUCAUUGGCAACCUGGCGUUGUGCGACAUGCUGGCUGGAAUAGCUUACCUGGUCAACCUUCUGCUGUCCGGAGAGAAGACGCUGCAGCUUUCACCUGCUCUCUGGUUCAUCAGAGAGGGCAGCAUGUUUGUUGCGCUAGGCGCAUCCAUCUUUAGCCUCCUGGCUAUUGCAAUAGAAAGACACCUGACUAUGAUCAAAAUGAGGCCUUACGAGGCCAACAAGAACUACAGAGUGUUUCUGUUGAUAGGAACCUGCUGGGUGAUUGCGGUUUCUCUUGGAGCUUUGCCCAUCCUCGGAUGGAACUGUCUCGAGAACCUCCCCGAUUGCUCCACGGUGCUUCCCCUUUACACCAAGAAGUACGUUGCUUUCUGCAUCACAGUUUUCAUGGCUUUGCUCUUGGCCAUCUCAGUCCUUUACGUCCGAAUCUACAUCCUGGUCAAGUCCAGCAGCCAAAAGGUCAGCAAGCACAGCAACUCUGAGCACGCCAUGUCCCUUCUGCGCACCGUCAUCAUUGUAGUCGGAGUGUUCAUCGCUUGCUGGACACCCAUUUUUGUCCUGCUCCUGGUGGAUGUGGCAUGCGAGCAGCGCAGGCGCUGCUCCAUCCUCUACAAGGCCGACUGGUUCAUCGCGGUGGCUGUGCUGAACUCGGCCUUGAACCCCAUCAUUUACACUCUGGCCAGCAGGGAGAUGAGGCGGGCCUUCAUCGGUUUGGUGUGCGGCUUGUGCUACAGGGCGAAGGCAUCCGUAAAUGGCAGCGGGGCACGACCGUCUCUGGAGCCCAGCCGUAGCAGGAGCAAGUCGUGGAGCAGCCAAAACAACCCAAACCCGAACCAACAGAGCCUUAGACAGGCAGAACCGGAGAAGGAUCGGGAGACAGCCUCGGUGGGAGAAGUUGUGGGCAGAGAAGCUGCUGAGGCUGUUCCUCAAGAGUGACAGGAUGACGGGAAGCAUGGUUCCAGAAUGGUUCCGGAUGACAAACAGAACAUGAGGCAAUUUGAAAUGAAGAAACUGUUGAAUGUCUGGCUGCAGGACAGUGUUUUUUUUUCUGUGUUAAAACAAACUUAAACAAACCUGAACAAAUCAGUGAAUAAAGAGAAGAGGCAUCAAUACACAAUAGACACAGCAUCUAUCACACGUCACCUUUCUAAGUGCUGGACAUCUGCUGUUUUGUGUUAAUGGUGGUUAAGGAGAAUUGUGCAUGUGAAUGAGGGGCUUCAGUGGCAGAAACACUGCAGAGGUCCUGUAAGUGACUGCCCCAAUGGGAUGACUGUUGGUUAGGAAGGCAGAGCUUUCUGAUCAUGUAUGGUCUUCAAUGUCAGACCUUCAGCCUGCAAGACACGAAUGGGGAAUUUUUGAUGACUGUGUCAGAUAACGCUCGGUCAUCUUCAUCGAAGCAUCAGCGAGAUGCUUCAGUGGUGCACCAUGAUGGAACGCCAUUUAGAAAGAAGCUAUUCAUCAUUGAAUCAUUGAAAUUCCUGAGAACUGUAUAAAAUCUUCCAAAGACUAUUGUAGCUCCCAUGUAUGGAAGCCCCUUUCUGCCUGGAGAAUUAAAAAAGCUGGUGUAUAUAUAUAUA